UCUGCGAACAGUGAAACUCGUCCCGAACUCUCUUUAAUUUAACACUCGGACUGCUCGGGUGCUGGAACACCGGGCGCCGGGGCCGCCGAGUGUGAGCCGUGUCCCCGCCUGCGCUCAGGAUGACUCCGUACUUCAGGAAGAACGCCGUCCUGUCCCAGAACAGGAUCACUCAGCUCAUUAGUGAGAGCUUCCUGACUGUGAAGGGUGCUGCCCUCUUCUUGCCCUGUGGGAAUGGCUCCUCCUCUUCCUCCACCCCCCGUGCCACCCCAAGGCGCAACAAGCAUGCAGGGGACCUCCAACAGCACUUGCAGACCAUGUUUACGCUGCUCCGACCGGAGGACACCAUCCGUCUGGCGGUGCGCCUGGAGAGCGCAAACUCCAGGUAUACACGGUACAUGGUGGUGGUCUCCACCAUCGGCCGACAAGACACGGAGGAGAGUGUGGUGCUGGGCAUAGACUUCAAGUCUGAUUGCUCCUGCUCAGUGGGCUUGGUACUUCCUUUGUGGAGUGACACACUCAUACAUCUUGAUGGAGAUGGGGGUUUCAGCGUGUCCACUGUCAACAGGGUCCAUAUCUUCAAACCCGUCUCUGUGCAGGCCAUGUGGUCAGCGCUGCAGUCCUUGCACAAAGCAUGUGAGGUGGCUCGUGUCCAAAACUACUACCCAGGUAGCCUCUUCCUCACCUGGGUCAGUUACUACCAGAGCAGAGUGUCUUCAGACCAGGUCUGCAUCAAUGAAUGGAAUGCCAUGCAGGAUGUACAGUCGCACCGCGCUGAUUCACCUGUUCUCUUCAUUGAUGUGCCAACAGAGCGCGAGCGUACGGAGAGGCUAAUCAAGGCCCGACUCAGGGAGAUCAUGAUGCAGAAAGACCUUGAGAACGUUACUUCCAAAGAGAUCCGUACAGAACUGGAGAUGCAGAUGGUGUGUAACCUGCGUGAGUUCAAGGAGUUCAUCGACAAAGAGAUGAUUGUCAUCCUAGGCCAGAUGGAUAGCCCCACAGAAAUCUUUGAGCAUGUGUACCUGGGCUCUGAGUGGAAUGCGUCCAACCUAGAGGAACUUCAGAAUAGUGGGGUGAGGUUCAUCCUGAAUGUGACGCGUGAGAUUGACAACUUCUUCCCUGGGCUGUUCGAGUACCACAACAUUCGUGUGUACGACGAGGAAGCCACAGACCUUUUGGCAUACUGGAAUGACACCUACAAGUUCAUCUCCAAGGCCAAGAAAGCAGGGGCUAAGUGCCUGGUGCACUGCAAGAUGGGAGUGAGUCGGUCUGCCUCCACAGUGAUAGCCUAUGCCAUGAAAGAGUACGGCUGGGACCUGGACCGUGCCUUUGACCACGUCAAGGAGCGGCGAGCUGUCGCCAAGCCUAACCCUUCCUUCAUGCGUCAACUUGAGGAAUACCAGGGCAUCCUGUUGGCCAGCAAACAGAGGCACAACAAACUGUGGCGUUCUCACUCAGACAGCAACCUUGCAGAGCGCAGGGAGUCCCCGUGUAAGACCCCCCACACACUUGGUCGCGCUGACCCUCACAAUGAGACUUGCAAUGGUCCGCCUUCACUGCAGAGCUUCUUGGACACCAUAGAUGCCAUGACCACUGUAGGCGACAUGCCACCCUCCAACCUGCCUGUGUCCAACGGCUUAGCUGACUCAUCAGAGAGCCUUCCUCCAUCACCACCACCUGAGGGACCCUCUUCCCCAUCCCUGCCUAGGCCGCGGGCGACUGUGGUGGUUCCAGAUGAGAGGGUGGACUGUGCUGCGUUGAACGUGGCAGAGACUGUUCCGGUCAAGCAACCCUCCCCACCCCCUUUGCUGCAUGCCCUCCCCACACCCUCUCCUCCACCAGAGACUGAAACGGGCCUGGAAGAUCUUGAGGUGCUGCCCUCAAGUGGGGAUCGCCUUGAGUCGUCACUUCCUGUACAUGGGUCGAAACCCAGUUCUUGCCCUGUACAAGGUGGCCAGUUUCAAGGGCUUGAGCCCAAAAACACCAGAAAUGCAGAAAUUUUACAAGAGUCCCCAGUGGAUUCUGUGACAAGUGAACCCUUGUCUGAGGAAUCUGGAAAUGACUCACUUAAUAAACCCAGUGGUACAGUGUGGUGCAGGGUUAUGGCUCCUACUCUCAAAGCCCCCCCUUCUGAAGCUCCAGUUUCACCACUUGGCACUGAUAGCAUUGACUUCUUCAGCGCCCGAGAGAAAUUUGUUGAUCUGUCAAGGGGGCAGCGACCACGCUCGUUUUCUGAGCAGGCAUCUCAGCAGGUGUCUCACCCCAAGUACUUAGCUCAUGAACUGCGCCCACUGCACCUGGAGGACCCCUUGGCCUCAGCGGUGAAGUCAGAGGACCAAAGUAAGGUCACUGUACAGCAGCAGCAUGGUGACGGUGGAAAUAUGGAUGACAAUAUCACCCAGAGUCCUCCACAGGAGAUCAGCCCUGCUGUCAGUUACAUGGGCAGCGAGCUGCAGUCUGUUGUGCAUGAUGAGUCCCUGGCCGCUCCCAGUCCCCUGGGGCUCUCUGAAGUGGAAGAGGAGGAGGUUGUCGCAUUGCUCCCUCCUUCUCCUCCACUGUCGGACUCUCCGUCGACACCACCCUGCCCUCCGACAGGGCCGGCUGGGUCUGUGUGGUGUAUGAAAAGGCAGCUUGAGCAAAGGCUGAGGGAGGAGCCAGACAGCCUCCCGUCCUCUGCUCAUGCAUCCGCCCCCAUUUCCUGUCCCAGCCUUGACAGCGUUGUGGUGAAGGCACGUUCCCUGCAAGAACAGAAUGUUGAAAGAGAAGAAGAUAGCUGGAGGAAGGUGGAGGUAGACGGAGGGUUGGAUAACAAACACACGGCUCCCAUUUCUGACUCCUUGCUUACUUUGCACCAGUAUGAUAGCCACGUGGAUUCCUGCCUUGGUGACUGCUCCACCUCUGAUUCUACCUCAAACUCUACACCUGACUCUGCCCCCUGUGUGGUGGUGCUGCAGCUGGAGGGAGCAACAGAGGUAGAGUGUGAUGUAGAUGACCCCAUGUGCAGCACAGCAGAACUGGAAGACACCUGGGAGACUCUGAGAGAACUGCGGGCCUUCCUCUGCGAAACGGCUGGCGAGCCACCGCAGAACUGUGACCAGGCGUGGAGACGAGGAGAUGAGGGUGCCGUUGCUGACCACGGGGUUCCUGAGAUGGAAGACGGGGCACACCAAGACAAUCUCAUGUCACCCUCCCUCAUGAAGCGCUCUGCUUCUUUGGCUAAACUGGGCUGCCUGCAGUUUUCCUCCAGUGAUCUCACUGAUGAGGACAAUAAACCUGCCUCCCCCGGGCAACUUAAACCACAUCUGCUGGACUCGGAGUUGGACUCUAGCCCUGAUGACAUCUCCAAGAAACCCUGUGUGUUGUCCCAAAGUUCCCCCUGUUCUUCCUCUUCUCCAUCUCCCAGGACCAUCCCUGACAUGUGUGUGACUGACACUCUAAGGACUGCUGCUCUUUCUGAGCCUGAUGAGUGCGACCUUGCCGAGGUGCCCUUAUCCCCAUCUGUGUCACCACCACCCACAUCAUCCCUGUGCCAGCAUGGAAUGACUGAAAUGCCAGGCAUCACUCCGUACCAGCUGGCCACAACUCCCCCGGUCUCUGUAGCAACACGGCAGCAGUAUGGAAAGACCCAUCCCCUGAGAAAGCUCCGGAAGAAUUCAGAAAAGAAACGGACCCCCAACUUCCUAUACAACACCAUGUGAUGCUCACUGGGUGGACUUAUUUUAGUCCCUGUGACUGAAUGUCCCAGUGAACGCGUCACCCUGUGGUCCAUUGUCACCAUGUUAGAAUUCAAUAGAAAACUUUGUUUACAAAAAUUGCUUCCUUGACCUAUUUUUUUGGAAGUCUAUCCACUGUCUGUGUGCCUGUGUGUCUGUUUGUUUGCUUGUAUGCAUGUGGAGAUUGAGGUAUUGACUGUAGGAUUGCAUGUGUGGUAGGAGGGGUCAGACUGGCUUUUUUUGUAAAUGAGUGGAUUUGUGUCACAGACAUGCACUUUACACUUGUGGAUUUUUUUUAAUAUGAUUACAUGUAUUUUUUUAAUGUGUCUAUACUGGAGGGUCUGGCUGCGUGUGAUGUGUGUACCUGCCUGUAUGUCUUGUACAUGACAAAAAUGUGAGGACUGUCCUCCCCUUAAAAAUUUAUAAGGUAAUGUCUUUUUUUAAUCUUUUUUUAGC